AUGAGUGGAAUUCAGUUUGGCGAGUUUAAUGUUUCCCCUUCUGAAGUGUUUUAUACAAGUCAAUAUUCUUUGGGCUUAGUGAACUUAAAACCUAUAGCUGAUGGACAUGUCUUAGUUAUGCCAAAGCGUGUGGUGCUUCGAUAUUCUGAUUUGACUCUGGUUGAGAUUACAGACCUUACAAACGCGGCUAGUCGCAUCUCUAAAGUUUUAGAGCAAGUGUAUCCUCAUAUGAGAAAUGGUUUUAUUUGGCUAAUUCAAGACGGCAAAGAGGCUGGUCAAACUGUACCUCAUGUACAUUUACACAUUAUACCAAAACGGUUUUCUGAAUGGUCUCAGCAUGGUAUUGAGGAUGUGAACAGAGUGCCUAGAACUUUGCAUGACAUGAAAUUAGAAGCUAAACACUUGGAAUCAAUGCUUAGACAAAAUAUCUAA